UUAAAAUUUUGCAAUGCCAGUAAGAAUUUGUGCUCAAUGAGUUAGCUUCAUUCAUGACUCGCAUGGCGGGAAAUGCCGCUUCCAAACACCACCCCGGCGCAACUCUCGUCUAUCCUACGGCGAUGCGCCGCCGCUUCCGCCCUAAGACAGGGGAAGCAAGCCCAUCUUUAUGCACUCGUUUUCGGCCUCAUGCCACACUCCACCCUCGAAACCGACCUCCUCCUCAUGUACGCGCGCUGCGGCCGCCUCGUCAUCGCCCGCCAAGUGUUCGACCGUAUGCCUCACCGACCUCUGCAUUCCUGGAACAUCCUCCUCUCCUCCUAUGCUCAAUCCUCAUUUUUUCACUAUUCACUAGCCCUCAUCCGCCCCUUGCUUGCUUCUGGCCUCCGUCCUGACCACUUCACUCUACCUUCCCUUCUCAAGGCCUCCGCUGGCCUUGGCCAUGGCCGCACAGGUGCCGUGCUCCAUGCUUUCGCUAUUGGAAUGGCUCUUGACAUCCACCUUAUCGUUAGUGGGUCAAUUGUAGAUAUGUAUUUAAAAUGUGGGAGGUUGAUUGAUGCUCGCAAGAUGUUCGAACAGAUGCCUGAGAAAGAUGGAGUUGUUUGGAAUGCCAUGGUUACUGGGUUUACAAAAGCUGGGCUUCUCACUGAGGCGCUCAAUUUAUUCCAAAAGUCUCAGUGGGAAGCUGUUGAUGCGGAUUGGAUGGCACUCCCAAGUGUUCUCAGUGCCUGCAGCCAGAGUGGAGAUUUGAGGAGAGGAAAGGAGGUUCAUGGCAGAGCAGUUAGGUUUUUGUUAUUAGAAUUUGAUGUCGCUGUUGGCAAUUCUUUGAUUGACAUGUAUUCCAAGUGUGGACUCUUGGAUGCUUCCUGCCAGCUAUUUUCAAGUAUGCGUGUCAGAAAUCUUUUAACGUGGUCGGUCUUGAUAUCAUGUUAUGGUAUUCAUGGUCGAGGAAAAGAGGCUCUGAGGCUCUACGAGAAGAUGAGAGGACAAGGAUUGGAGCCCAAUUCUAUCGUCUUCACUUCAUUGCUUUCGAGCUGCAGUCAUUCUGGUCUCAUCAAUGAUGGGCAUGCAGUGUUCGACUCAAUAAGCAGGGUCUACAGAUUGGAACCAAGCAUUGAGCACUAUGCUUGUAUGGUAGACCUUCUUGGUCGCUGUGGAAGCAUUGAGAAGGCACUUGAACUCAUUGAGAAGAUGGAGAUUGAACCAGUGGCAAGCAUUUGGGGGGCAUUACUUGCUGCUUGUGCAGUGCACCAAAAUGUUGAAAUUGGGGAGAUUGCAGCAAUGAAGUUGUUUGAAUUGGAACCAGAGAAUCUUAGCAACUGUGUGGCACUCUGUAGCAUCUAUGAGAGAGCUGGGAAUUGGCAUGGCGUGGCUGAGAUGAGGAGGAAGAUGAGGGCAUUGGGGGUGGUUAAGACCCCAGGAUGCAGUUGGAUUGAAGUGAAUGGGAGAAGGCUUGGUUUCUACCAAGGGGAUGUUUCUUGCCAAUUUUCAAAGAGGACGUUGGAGUUAUUAAGGGGCUUAUUAGGCAUGCAUUCUUUUAAUGAAUUCAUGAUGAUAAUGAUGAUCAUAAUGAUGAUGAUGAUGAUGAUGAUGAUGAUCACAGCAAAAAACAUUUGAGCUUUUGUCAUGUGUUGGACCAUAUGUUCAUGAAAUCAUAGAGAUGGUUCUCAUGCAAAAUGAAUUAAGCAAUAAUAAUAAUAAUAAACGUAGCCAAUAAGCUUAACAUAACAAUUUCCUGUCAUUGAAUCAUCAUAUGUUCUAAUCUGAUGGUUUAAUUUUGCAAUAUAUAACCUGCCAAAUAAAAAUUAUUGACAUGAUUAGAAU